AGAGGGUGUUGCAGCUGUUGUGUAACAGUGACGGUCACGGUGUCAGUGACAGGGGUCGGAUAAACGCAGGAGGUGGAGAAAAUAGCAUUUUAGUUGAAGCGUGAACCUUCUCUGAAGUCCGUAUGAUGAAUCACGCGUUGGAAUUGUUUUUGUUAAGAAUUAAGUAUAUUCAGGUCGGCUUGAUUAGUGGCCUGGUCGUGGUAUUCCUGCAGGUGUGUGCUCGCUAGCUAGCUCAACUACUAGGUUGCGGGGGGCAUGGGAGUUCUGACACCGAGUUGUUUUUGCAUGCUAGCUAGCUAGCGAACCGAGACAGUAUUAUGAACAAAACAUCAAGUUCUCGACAAGUAGAGCUGGUCAGGAUGGGCGAGCGACCUGUCCUCCCACCAGUGGCAGGGAUAACUCCCGUGCAGCAGAUGCUGGCGUCUGGCACCGGCGCCCUCCUCACCUCCAUCUUUGUCACCCCGCUGGAUGUUGUGAAGAUACGACUACAGGCCCAGCAAACGCCUUUCUAUCGAGCUCUGGCCUGCGACUCUGCUCCCUGGAGCGGUGUGCUCCGGCCCUCCAAGUGGAGGUGUUACCUGUACUGUAACGGGCUGAUGGAUCACAUCUACGUCUGUCAGAAUGCCCCCAGCUGCUCCAGCUGGUACAAAACGCCAACCCACUUCACUGGCACUCUGGAUGCGUUUGUGAAGAUCACUCGUCACGAGGGGCUCAGGUCAUUGUGGAGCGGGCUGCCUCCCACACUGCUAAUGGCGGUGCCUGCCACGGUCAUCUACUUCACCUGCUACGACCAACUCAGGGACUUCCUGCGCUACGGCCUGGGUUUCCAAGGCAACCACAUUCCCCUGGUGGCUGGCGGUCUGGCCAGAUUGGGGGCGGUGAGCGUGAUCAGCCCCCUGGAGCUGCUGCGGACCAAGAUGCAGUCCCAGCGGCUGUCCUACGGGGAGCUGGGGGCCUGCAUCCGCACCGCCGUGGCCCAGGACGGCUGGAUGUCCCUCUGGAGGGGCUGGGGGCCCACCGUGCUGCGAGACGUGCCCUUCUCAGCGCUGUACUGGUUCAACUAUGAGCUGGUGAAGGCCCGGCUGUGUGAGGAACAGCAGGAGCAGCAGGCCUCCUUCUCCACCUGCUUCACGGCCGGGGCCGUCUCCGGGGCGGUGGCGGCCAUCUUGACUCUGCCGUUUGAUGUGGUGAAGACACGGAGACAGAUCCAGCUGGGAGAGAUGGAGACACGAGGAGUUCCCAUGAAGAAAGCCACAUCCACCUGGUGCAUGAUGAGAAGCAUCUGGGCAGAGUCAGGAUACAGGGGCCUGUUUGCAGGGUUCAUGCCCCGGGUCAUCAAGGUGGCUCCUGCCUGCGCCGUCAUGAUCAGCAGCUACGAGUUCGGCAAGACCUUCUUCCAGAAGCUGAACUUGCAGCGAGCACAGACUGUCUGCUGAGGCCUGGACACCCACACACACACACACACACACCCUACAACUGCCUUUCUCAACACAGGAGGACAGAGACACAAACGCGCACACACACAACAGCCUCCUUUCUCAAACCCUGGUCCUCAGGGUCCCCUUGCCAUGCUUGUUCUAGAUGUUUCCCUGCUCCAACACACCUGAAUCUAAUGAAUGGGUUGUUAUGAAGCUCGACCAGAAGCCUGGGAAAGAUGUGAAUAUAUGAGUGCAUGCAAUCCAGCCUCUUACUUCACCCACUCCUCCUGGCCUGAGUUCAGCAGGUUGGCCGAGGGAGGGAUUAUAUUUUUGUCUAUGGGUCCACACUGCUGUGAGUUUGCUCUCUCAAACUGUCCAAUGUCACACUUUGACACUAAGACUGAAUGUGUUUAAUGAGAACCUAAAGGUGGGAAUUCAAACUGUGAAUCUUUUUCCCAGGGAGUCGUAAGAUGAGGCGAGCAUCACAGUCGGGGGUGGGGGGGGACUUUUCUAUUGGAAGUUUGCUGUAACAGCAAGAUCUAAUGUGAUGCCUUAUAGCGAGGAUGACACAUAAGCACAUUGUCACAGAAAAACAGUCAGUUUUAAAUGUCAGUGCUGGACUACAUGUCAGUGCUGGACUACAUGUCAGUGCUGUUGAUGGUAAAAAGUCUCAAUCAAGGCAACAGCACAAAGUGCAUGUGUCAUCCAGCCUAGAUACGCCCUCUGCUUUUCAGAUUUAACAGUGCAUGUCAUCCAGCCUAGAUACGCCCUCUGCUGUUCAGAUUUAACAGUGCACUUGACGCAGGACUGCAUGACAUGGUAAUGUUAGCCCCUGACCUAGAUGAUGUAACCACAUGAACUGGUCAUUAAUCCUUUCAAAAAAGAAUAUCUGCAAGUCUAUAUACCAGAUCCAUAGUACAGCUGGAAUAGAAUAAUUCAUAAAGAUCUCUGAUGCAAAAUCUCUGGAAUGUUAGAGCCAGGGGAAGGUUUCCUGCUGUUUAACACAUUAGAUCUUUUUUUUACAUUUUGGUUUAAAAAUGUGGCCAUUGUUUGAGUGCUCAGUUAUUCAGGUUUUUAAUGUCUAGUUUGUGAUUGAUUGUAUGCCUGUGUUCAUGAGACGUGGAGGGGGAAAAGAGAAACUUGGCUACCAGAAGAAUUAUACAAUUCUGUCAUGAAAUACUUUGAUUUAUAAUAGAAUUGCCUGGUCAGAUGAUGAUACUGGAAUUAUUGCCUUUUUAUGUUUGUUUUCCUCAUUUUCCUUGUAAACCUGAAUUGUACUUAUGUAAUAAAAACGAUUUGAUAUGCUA